CAAUUCUCAUCACUCUCACCUCCAAACACAUCAAAUCCAAAUCAAAUCUCCAUUAAUUUUGUGAGUACAAGAAAAAAAAAAAAGGUAAACAAAAUGCGCGUGAGCAACAAUCUAGUGGGAAUUCUGAACUUGGUGACGCUGUUGCUCUCGAUUCCGAUCAUCGGCGGCGGGAUAUGGCUCUCGAAGCAGGCGAACACCGAGUGCGAGCGCUUCCUCGACAAGCCGGUGAUCGUGCUCGGGGUUUUCGUGCUGCUGGUGUCGAUCGCGGGGCUGGUGGGGUCGUGCUGCCGCGUUACGUGGCUGCUGUGGGUGUACCUGCUGGUGAUGUUUCUGCUCAUCCUUCUGCUCUUCUGCUUCACGAUCUUCGCCUUCGUCGUCACCAACAAGGGCGCCGGCCAAGCCCUCUCCGAUAAAGGAUACAAGGAGUAUCGACUUGGCGAUUACUCCAAUUGGUUGCAGAAUCGAGUCAACGACAAUUGGGGUAAGAUCCGGAGCUGUUUGGAGGAUAGCAAAAUUUGCCAGAAGCUGCUUACCGAUAACUCAACUCCUGCAGCCGAUUUCUACAAGGAGCAUCUCUCUUCGCUUCAGUCGGGAUGCUGCAAGCCAUCAAACGACUGCAACUUCCAAUACAUCAGCCCGACAAAUUGGACGAAGGGCGCAACUGCGGCAUUAGGGAAUCCGGACUGCGAGAUAUGGAGCAACGAUGCGAAUAAGCUGUGCUACGCGUGCGACUCGUGCAAGGCGGGCUGCUGGAUAACAUAA